AGAAAAUAAAAAACUAGGGACCUGACAGGCAGCGCUACAAUUUAGUGCGGCGACGACGGUGGACCACAAAGAAACUCCCCGAGUUCCGACCGGCCACUUUUUCAAUCUUCCAUCUUCAAUUCUGUAUUUCUCUCUUCUCCAACUCAUUGUGAUGCUUUCUGAGUUCUGAUUUUUCAUUUGGUGAUAAUCAAAAUUUCUAUCAACUACAUACUGCAAUUGUUUAUAUUUGAUUUUCUUCACGAUUGAGGUCUAAUUUGCUCCACGAUGGAACACUUCUUGGGUCUUCUCCGAAUUCGGGUGCUGCGCGGUUCUAAUCUGGCUGUUCGUGAUACUCGUAGCAGUGAUCCUUUUGUCGUCGUCACUAUGGGCGAUACGAGUUUGAAGACCCGUGUGGUGAAAAAUAAUUGCAAUCCUGAAUGGAAUGAUGAACUGACUCUUUCUAUUGCAGAUCUUAGGACUCCAAUCGGUUUAUCAGUGUAUGACAAAGACACAGUAACAGACCAUGACAAAAUGGGAGAUGCCGUAAUUGACAUCGAACCAUACAUCGAAUGUCUGAAGAUGGGACUGGAAAGCCUCCCAGAGGGGUGUGUGGUUAAGAGGGUAUAUCCAAGCAGAACAAACGACUUAGCUGAUGAGAGCCAAUGUGUUUGGAACAAAGGGAAAAUUAUACAGAACAUGCACCUUAGGUUGAAGAAUGUAGAGUGUGGUGAGGUGGAGAUUCAGCUCGAAUGGAUUGAUGUUCCGGGAUCUAAGGGUCUGCCGAAAGAGGGUAUGAGCCACUUCUAAGUUCCUAAAUUGAUGCACUACUAGGUACACUAUGUAAUAAGUUUCCCAGUUUCAUGGCUUGUAGAUGUUAGCAAAAGGAAAUAAGGGAAUUUGCCUUGUUGACCUGAAACUGGACCUAGAAUUCUGGUUCUGUAGAAUGAAUAUAUAUAUACCUGAAUUCUCUUUAUUCUGCUUCUGCAAAGUGACAACUUCAUCCUGUAAUCACAUAUAUAUUAACUA